UAUUUAUUAUAAAUACUCUUUCUAAUAAACAUGGGAAAAGUUAGAACAAAGACUGUUAAGAGAGCCUCCAAGAGCAUUGUUGAGAAAUAUUAUCCAAAGUUGACCACCGAUUUUCAUAUCAACAAGAGAAUUAUAGACGAUAUUGCACUUAUCCAAACUAAAAGACUUAGAAACAUGAUAGCUGGAUACACCACCCACUUGAUGUCCAGAAUCCAGAAAGGUCCUGUUAAGGGAAUCUCUCUCAAGUUGCAAGAGGAAGAAAGAGACAGAAAGAUGGACUUUGUCCCAGAAAAAUCUGCUAUUGACACCGAAACCAUCAAUGUUGAUGAAACUGUUGGAGAUAUGCUUGAAUCUUUGGGUCUUGAAAUUCCCGGAGUCAACGUUGUUGCUUCUGAUGAUGACGAGUAA